AUGUACGCCCGUCGCUUGCUUUCCAAAGCAGAAAGGAGCGAUUUUCUUCAGUAUAUCACAUUUCAAUUGUGUUUUUACGAUGUCUUUUCUUCGUUUAAGAUGUCAUUUGCCAUUGACGGCCAAGUGUUUACGAUCGACAUCGGCCGGCCUGAAGAGCUCGACGAAGUCAUUGAAUUGCUGCGAAUUCACUUCUUCGCAACAUCACCCAACUGUUAUCUGGUAAGCGACUGGAGCGGUGCGAGCGAUAGCAAUGGCAUGUCCAACUACCUGUCCAGUUGCCUGCGCCAUCCUGUUUCGUUAACUGUACGGGAUUCUGCCGGCCGACUAGUAGCGGUCAGACUAAACGAACUAGAAGAACCCGAGGAUGUUCAUCUCGAUAGUUUGACUUCACAAUCAAAGCGCAGGUUGAUUACGGCUUUGUUAACAGAUCUCGAAGCAGGCAUUGAUUUGUUUACCACCUUCAACACAAACAAAAUCCUCAGUCUAGCCAUGAUGACUGUCGACGAAAGCUACUGUAAACUCGGUUUGGCAACCACAUUGGUAGGUUUGUCGCUGGAAUUGGGGAAAGCGAACGGCGCCGGUGCUGUCAAAGUGUGUGCCGUGAGUCGGCACGCCGCGAAAGUUGCUGCUAAACAUGGUUUGGAAACGCUGCGCACUAUUGAUUACGCCACGUAUGAAUUCGAAGGUGCGACACCUCUAGCGCACCUCGACGAUUUGCUGGCAGAACAUCCCGUGGCAGCGUUUUUGGCAUGUCGUUUGACCUAGUGCCUAUUGUUGUAGGUCAUGUGAAUGUGUACCGACAGCUUUUUAAAAUAAAAGGCAUCCAUUCCAAA